AUGCAAAUCAUCAUUAUCGGCGCCGGUCCAGCGGGCCUCGCAGCCGCCCUCGCACUCUCCCAAAGAACCAUCCAAGGCUCUCCGCCUCGCAUUACUAUUCUCGAGCUGCGCCCAAAAGUCGAAACACUCGGAGGAACGAUUCUGCUAACACCCUUGGCGCUACGGUACCUCGAUGUUCUUGGCGUCGGAUCACAAUUACGGAAACUGGGUAUCCCGGUCCGAGGUGUCGACGUCGUGGCUCUUCGAACAGGUCGGACGCUGGGCCAGAUGUUCCCUGGGACAGAUGUGCUGAGAGUUAUGAGGCAUCAUCUUGUGCAGUGCAUGGCGGAUGCCGUUGCUGAAUUACCCAAGGACCGGGUCAACUUGCGUUUUGGUGCGAGAGUCACCGACAUACAACAGUUGGACGACCAGGGAGAUGACGAGGGAACAGUUCGUGUUGACGUACAGUUUGAUGCUGAUAAGUCGCAGGAGUCUAUUAGUUGUGAUAUUCUGCUUGGAUGCGAUGGUAUACACUCUUUCGUUCGGACCACAGUUGUGGACCGUGAACGGAAGAGGACGUAUUCUGGCCGUGCCAUCGCCUACGGAUACGUCAACUGUGAUUCUCCUGGGCAUAUUGGUGUUACAACAUCGAGUGGGAAGCCAGUCCUCCGGGACUCUACAAUGAUCCAAGGUCAGCAUGGAUCGUUCCUGAUGACCUACUUCGAACCAUCGAGGGAGAAGGUUUAUGCUCUAGCUAUCAUGCCGAUGGCAGAGAACCAAGACGCACGAGAAGGAUGGAAGGCUUUGGGGGAAGACAAACUCACACUUAAGCGGGAUAUUGUUGCUCGCUUUAAGGAAGGCAGUAUCAAAGGUCUAGAGCUGAUCAUCAACGAAAGCGACUGGUACUUCUAUCCUGUCUAUAUGCUUCCUCCUGAGGGAAGAUGGAGCAAGGGGAGAGUGCUUCUUCUAGGGGAUGCCGCUCAUGCUAUGCCACCUCAGGGCGAAAGUACCGGUAUCGCGAUUGAAGACGGUGUGCUCUUCGGCCACGUACUUAGCGAGGGGAUAUCAACAGGCGUCCCUUACGUGAUGGAAGCCUACGAGGCCCUGAGACGGCAUGGCAUUAAGAAGCUGCACGCUGAGACGAUGUUUCGCUGGAACGCUGGAAGCUCGUCUUCGUGGCUAUGGAGUAUUGUUAUGGAAUUCGCUACUUGGGCCUAUCUUCUUCUUUCCAACUAUCGACAGAAAGAUUACUUUGAACGGGAUGUAAGAAGCUUCAAGCUUCCAUCAGAGUAA